AUGAAGCGUUACGCCUACAUCAAUGAUGAUGAAUCUUCACAUGAUCUGUAUUGUGCCAAUCGUAUUUCGAACACAAAAUAUAAUUUUUUGAACUUCCUACCGAAGAAUUUAUGGGAACAAUUUAGCCGUUUCAUGAACCAGUACUUUCUGCUAAUAGCAUGCCUUCAGUUAUGGUCUCUUAUUACUCCAGUAAAUGCUGCCAGUACAUGGGGUCCACUUAUUUUCAUUUUGGCUGUCUCUACAACAAAAGAGGCAUGGGAUGAUUACCACGGAUUUCUUUCAGACAAGAAAGCAAAUGAGAAAGAAGUUUGGGUUGUGAGGCAGGGCAUAAAGAAACAUGUUCAAGCACAGGAUAUUCAUGUGGGUAAUAUAGUAUGUCUCCGAGAGAAUGAUGAAGUGCCAUGUGAUCUGGUUUUGAUUGGGACAUCUGAUCCGCAAGGAAUGUGCUAUGUUGAGACUUCUGCUCUAGAUGGUGAAACUGAUCUAAAGACCAUGUUUAUUCCCUCAGCUUGCAUGGGGAUUGAUCUAGAAGUCUUGCACAAAAUAAAGGGUGUGAUUGAGUGCCCUGUUCCUGACAAGGACAUUAGAAGAUUUGAUGCAAAUUUACAGUUGUUUCCUCCUUUUAUUGAUAACGAUCUGUGCCCAUUAACCAUUAAAAACACAAUUCUUCAGUCAUGUUACUUGCGGAAUACCGAAUGGGCAUGUACAGUAGCUGUUUAUACAGGCAAGUUUGUUUAUUCUAGUUGUCAAGGCCAUAUUUUAAUGCAUACCUCUCUGUUCAUGCAUGCACAUAUUUGUUUUUUUUUUUUUUUGAAGCAAUAAGGAAAGGGAAGUUCUCAUAAAUGGUAAAUGACCUUAUGCAAUAUAUGAAUAAAGUAUGAAAAUUUGUACUUUAAUCAUGACAUAUGCUGGUGAAGUCGACAACUUUCAUAUUAAUUAUCAACAUCAAUAUUCCAAGGGAAAUAUCUUAGUACCUCCCAAACUUGCUACUGUAUCUUAAGAAAUAAUAAUUGAUAAAACUUGUAUUUCUGAUUGAUGGGAAUAGCACAAAUUUAAGUGAGUCAUGCUUCUU